UCUGGGAGAGAGGAUGCGAAAGGAGAGCAGGGGUGGGAAAGGAAUGAAGGGACGCGCUGAAGACAACGUGCACGGGGCAUGAAUAAAAGGGUGUCCGCGGGAGAUUGUGCGUUCGCCGUCAAAAGGGCUCGGCUAUGAAAGAUAUAUUGAAAGGGGCACUUUGAGAUAUAAUGAGGUUUCUCUCUGGCUGGCGAUAGUACUAUGAUUUGGUAUGUGGCUACUUUGAUAGCAAGUGUAUUCAGCACCCGAGGAACGGCAGCUCAAGGUGCCCACGGAGUCCGAGAGGAGCCCCAGUUUGUGACGGCGCGCUCAGGGGAGAGUGUGAUUUUGGGAUGUGACGUGUCGCACCCGCUCAACGGCCAGCAGGCUCCCUACGUGGUGGAGUGGUUCAAGUUCGGAGUGCCCAUCCCCUUCUUCAUCAACUUCCGCUUCUACCCUCCGCAUGUCGACCCGGACUACGCCGGCAGAGCCAGUCUGUACGGGAAGGCCUCGCUGCGGAUUGAACGAGUGCGUUAUGAGGACCAGGGCUGGUACGAGUGCAAGGUGCUGAUGCUGGAGCAGCAGUACGACACCUUCCACAACGGCAGCUGGGUGCACCUAACGGUCAACGCCCCUCCCACCUUCACGGACACCCCCCCGCAGUACGUGGAGGCGAAGGAAGGGGGCAGCAUCACCCUGAGCUGCACUGCCUUUGGGAACCCCAAGCCUGUAGUCAGCUGGCUCAGGGAAGGAGGGACGCUGGUGGACAGCGAAAAAUACAAGGUCAGCGACGGAAGCGUGACGGUGCGGUCGGUCCGCCGGGAGGACCGGGGGGCGUACACCUGCCGAGCCCACAGCAUCCAGGGAGAGGCCGUCCACACAACACGCCUGCUCGUUCAAGGACCACCAUUUAUUGUGUCACCGCCCGAAAACAUAACCGUAAACAUAUCCCAGAAUGCACUCUUCACCUGUCAAGCAGAGGCAUAUCCCGGCAACCUGACCUACACCUGGUUUUGGGAGGAAGAUAAUGUCUACUUCAAGAAUGACCUGAAGCUGAGAGUGCGGAUUCUGAUCGAUGGAACCCUCAUCAUCUUCCGGGUGAAACCAGAGGAUGCUGGGAGAUACACCUGCAGCCCGAGCAACAGCCUGGGCCACGCCCCGACCGCGUCAGCACACCUGACCGUCCAAUAUCCUGCCAGAGUUGUGAACAUGCCACCUGUCAUCUACGUCCCGAGAAAACUGCCAGGAUUCAUACGCUGCCCAGCAGACGCCAAUCCACCGGUGACGUUGGUCAAAUGGGAGAAAGAUGGAUACCCGCUUAGAGUCGAGAAGUACCCGGGCUGGAGCCAGCAGGAGGACGGGAGCAUUCGAGUGGAGGAGGUGACGGAGGACUCCCUCGGCACCUACACCUGUGUGCCUUACAACAUCCUGGGCACCAUGGGGCAGUCACCCCCAGCCACCCUGGUGCUAAAGGAUCCCCCCUAUUUCAACGUCCGUCCUGGGGGAGAGUACCGGCAGGAGGCCGGGAGGGAGCUGGUGAUCCCCUGCGCUGCGUCCGGAGACCCCGAAAUCCCAACCAUCGUGUGGAGAAAAGUGGGGAAGCCCAGCCGAAGCCAGCACAACGUCCUGCCGAGCGGGAGCCUGCAGUUCACCGCCCUCAGCAAGGAGGACCACGGGGAGUGGGAGUGCGUCGCCACCAACGUGGUCACCAGCAUCACUGCCAGCACGCGCCUCCUGGUCAUCGGCACAAGCCCACACGCCCCCAACAACAUCCACGUCUCCGUCUCCACCACCACCGCCAACGUCUCGUGGGAGCCGGGAUACGACGGCGGAUUCGAGCAGACGUUUUCAGUCUGGUACGGCCCCGUGGUGAAGCGGGCGCAGUUCGGGCCGCACGACUGGCGCUCGGUGGCCGUGCCCGGGGCGAGGAACUGGCUGCAGGUGCAGGGUCUGGAGCCCGAGACGGCGUACCAGUUCAGCGUCCUGGCUCAGAACAAGCUGGGCACGGGCCCCUUCAGCGAGGUCGUCACUGUGAACACGCUAGUUUUCCCGAUAAGUACCCCUGAAACACUGGUGCUACUUACCCCACCAAGGUGCCUCACAGCCAAUCGGACGCAACAGGGAGUUCUGCUGACAUGGCUCCCUCCAGCCAAUCACACGUCACCGAUCAACCAUUACAUCAUGGAGUUCCGCCUGGGGGAGAGGUGGGAUGUCUUGGAUGAUGCAAUCCCAGCUGGAGAGACUGAGCUGCUGGUCAAAGACCUUGUCCAGGAUUCGUGGUACGAGUUUCGGGUGACGGCGGUCAUGGAGAACGUGGUCAGUGAGAACAGUAACAUCGUGGGUGUGUCGAGUACAGAUUUGUUCUCUGCCCCAGAGAUGGCGGACGAGGGCCUGGCGCGGCCGGUGGUGGCGGGCAUCGUGGCCACCAUCUGCUUCCUGGCGGCGGCCGUCCUCUUCAGCACGCUGGCUGCCUGCUUCGUCAACAAGCAGCGCCGCCGCAAGCUCAAGAGGAAGAGAGAUCCUCCUCUGUCAAUAACGCACUUCAGAAAAAGCAUAGAGACGCCGAUCCCACUAACCCCCUUGCCUGGCAUUGAGCCGUACUGGGAGGGGCCAGACGAGAGCAGCUACAGGCCCCCGCACACCAGCCCUCAGUCCUCCUCCGGCAAAGCGAGCCCCGAGAGCGUGCGUUCCCUGGGCCCCAUGUCCGAGUCGUCCGAGGACGGGCGGGGCCUGCACGUGCGGAGGCUGCCCAGCCCCGCCAAGGAGAAGGAGCUCUCGCUCUACAAGAAGACCAAGCGCGCCAUCGCCAGCAAGAAGUACAGCGUGUCCAAGCACGAGGCGGAGGCCACCACGCCCAUCGAGCUGAUCAGCCGCGGCCCGGACGGCCGCUUCGUCAUGGAGCCCGGCGACGACGACACCCCGGUCCGCCCCCGCCGCAUCGAGGGCUUCCCCUUCGUGGAGGAGUCGGACCUGUACCCCGAGUUCCGCCAGUCGGACGAGGAGAACGACGACCCCGGGCCCAUGCCGCCGGUCAUGCCCACCCUCCGGCCCCACCAGAUCUCCCCCAUGUCCUCCAGCCAGGAGUCCUACGCCCAGCCCCCGGCCUACAGCCCCCGGUUCCAGCGGCCCUCGGAAGGUAUGGUCAUCGGGGAAGGGGGCCGGCUGCAGGCGGUGGGGCAGAGCAGGGUGGCCCAGCACCUGAGGCUCCUCCCCCACCACCACGCCCACUUCUAUGGUUACCGCGGCAGCGGCAGCCCCGAGUUCCCGCCCCCAUUCUACAUGCCUGACAUCAGCCCGCGCAGCUCGAUCAUGUCCUCCCCCCCGCCCUCCUUCGGCUACCCCACCAUCCCGGAGGAAGGCGGGGAGGGCGAGGGGGGGGGCUACGCCACGGCCUCGGGCAGCACCCUCCCCCUGUCCCGCACCCCUUCCGCCCGCUCCCCGGAGAUCUGGCGCCAGCCCCAUUACCCCUUCCCCGGCCUGGAGGGGCCCCGCCUCAUCUUCCCCCCGCUCCAUUCUCACCGGGACCUCCCCGAGCCUCCCCCCCUCCCCCCUCCUCAGACCUCCCCCCCCGGCAGCCUCCCGUUCCCCCCCUACCCGGUCAGCCUCCCUCUGGAGGCCCUGCCCAGCAGCCUGAGCCCAGAAAAGCCCCCCUUUAGGCCACCCGGCCCCCCGGCCAAGCGUUUAGCUAUGCAAGAGGCGCAGAGCCUAGGGCAGCUAAGACACACCAGCCAAGGUCUGGGCGUCCCGGUGUUGCCUUACCCUGACCCCGCCACCCACAGGGCUAGCCCAAGCACAACGGGCGGCCCGGACGCCCGCUGGUAUGAGCCCCAGGCCCGGCGGACGGACCCUAGCCUGCAUCAGGUGGUCCUCCAGCCGUCCCGCCUCUCCCCGCUGGCCGGGAGCCCCCCCAGCUCUCGAGAGGGCUCCCCGGAGAUUGUGGUCCGCCCCCGCCCCCGCCCCGGCUCCGCCCAGACCCCGGAGAUGACCGAAAUCGCCCUCCAGCCCCUGGCCUCCGCCGCCUCCCCCACCCAGGCCCGGCGGGCAGGGCCCCCCAGCUACCGCUCCACCAUGGCGUUUGCCACGGCGGCAGCCAGCUACCCGUCCCAGUCCCCGUCGCCCCCCACGGAGAGCAGCGACGUUUUCGGGCAGAUGCCGUCCCAGAGGAGGACAGAGGAGGAGAUGCUGCCCUCAGAGCCGUCUCCACACCAGUCAGCUGCAGGAAAACAUCUAGGUGCUUUGAGUGCUCCUGCUGGGUCUGAGAGCGUCGACGCACUGAGGUACCGACACGUUAAAAAAGCCAAGAAGAUGGCCACCAACCACUCCAAACCCAAGCAGAAACCAGGUGUGUGCAUCUCUCAGACCGGGCAGCUCCACGCCUCUCAGGUUCUCCAGCCCGAGGAAGCUCUCUACCUCCGCAAGAAGAAGAAACGGUCGGCCAGGCAGGACCCCUACGCCCGCCUCUCCGCGCUCCUCUACCGGCGGCCCCCCAGGGAAGACCAGAGGGCCAUCCUGGCCAGCAUGGACACCGCAGACCUGGACAACAUCUCCCACCUCUGA